AUGGCGGAUGUGCGCGUCUCCCGCAACCGCGACAGCGACCAUGGACGGGCUGCCGUCGCGGAAUCCGCGCAUGACACGUCCGCGGCUAUUCCGCGUCAAGACCAUCACGCUGCCGCGCAUCAUCGUCAGUGCGAAAGGCCAUUCGACCAGCGUCAGGUGCCGCACGCGCUGCCGCAACAGCCCCCGCAGACGUUCCACCAGCAGCAGCAGCAGCAGCAGCAGCAGGAGGAGCCGCAGCCGCAGCAGCAGGAGCAGCAGCAGAAGGAGGAACACGCAGGCUUCGGUUUUCGCCCAUGUGGACCCCAGCCGCCGCCGGCGCCGCCGCUGACGGUCGCAGCGACUGCGACGGCCAGGAGCGCUUUGGACGUAGCGACAGGCCCCGCAGCAGUCGGAGGACUGACUUCAAGUGGCGAGAUUUGCGCCUCGGCCUCUCUCAGGCUGCCCCGGAAUCUGCCCGCUCCCCCGUUCGCCACAAUCCCCUCCGCCUCAUCCAUCUCCUUCUCCGCUUCUCAGGACAAACCACUCGCAUUGCGCCUCCCUGCCGGCGCCCCCGGCACCGCCGCCGCAUAUCCCCGCGCUGCGGCCGCCACGGGCGCUUCUGUCGCGGCUCCGUCAUGCACGCCUUCGAUAUACUCGUCAAGCAACUCGUCUCCCUCCGCGUCGCUCCCGCUCUCCACACCCACUCCCGUCGCGGUCCCCCCCGCUUCCUCCCCCCCGCCGCACCCGUCCGCCGUCGAGUCCGCCGUCGCGCCCUCCGGAGGAACAUCUAUUUGCGCCAUUUCCCGCCAGCGCCUCUCCCGCUGCGCCGACGGAACAUCCGCGAGAGGUUCCGCCAGCGGCGCAGGCGUCAGCGAUGGCGGCGGCGGUGCAGCGCCGGCGAAUCGUUCAGCGUCGUUCUCGUCGGCCAGUGCUGGGUCGCUGACCGUCGCAGGGACGCAUGCGACGCACGCGACUCAGGCGACUCAUGCGCACGCGAACGCUGGGGGAGCGCUGGAAGAACCAACCACUGCUGCUACAACCGGCGGAGCUGCUACAGCCGGCGCAGGUGCUACAGCCGGUGCAGCCAGCGGAGCCGGUGCAGCGGUUACAGCGGACGCGUGUGGCAGCGGCACUGCUUCUGCUGCCGCCCAGGCGUCAGGUGCUGCCGCCCACGCACCAGGAGCUGCAGCGACUGCUGGUGACUCAGCUCCAUCGAGUGGCCCCAAACUGCUUUCGAGCUCUCUGGGCGCUCCCACCCCAACGCAUCCCGGAGCCGUUGCUGCUUUUGAGGCGCCUCAAAAGUCGCUAGGAGAUUCCAUCCCAACGCAUCCCGGAGGCGCUGCUGCUGCUGCAGCAACGGCAGAAGCAGCAGGUGGAGAAGGAGGAGAUGCGAUGGGAACGGCGAGAGGGAGCGUGAACGGGACUAUCAACGAGCUGGAAGAGCCAGCAGCCGUUGCACUCAGGGUAGCAGCGACAGCAGCACCGGUACCAGCAGCAGCAGCAGCAGCAGCAGCAGCAGCAGCAGCAGCAGCAGCAGGGGAUGGAAGCUUCCCUGAUCUAGAUGCACCAACAGCGGCGGAGAGCGGCGGCGGCGGCGGCGGAGGUGGUGGUGGUGGUGGUUGUGGAGAGAAGAUAGCCGGUGCAAAUGUGGAGCACAGGGGGAGAGGAAGCGAAGGGAAUGCUGGUGAGACGCCUGGCACGACUGACGGCGCACCUGUUGCACCUGUUCCGACAGAGCCAGAGGGAGAAACGGCAGGACCCCACAGGCAGGGCGUGCCCGUGGACGCAAGGCCAAGGCCAAGGCCAGUGACUGAGACACACCAUGAUGGUGCGACUGCAGGUAAAGGCGGCGGACGAGGCGGAGGGGGGGGCGGGGGCGGAGGGGGGGGAAGAGGGAGGGGCGGGAAGCAGCAGAGCAAGGAGGUGAGAUCGGCGCGGGUGAAAGCGGAGGUGGUGGAGGAGGAAGGAGGGGGGGACGGGCCGCUGGGGCCGGUGGGGAAGCAAGGGGAGGUGGCAGGAGGGGGUAGAGGCAGCAAGAGUAGAAGUCGCAAGGGAAAGGCGAGUGCUGCUGGCGCUGGUGCUGCUGAUGCUGGUGGUGAUGCCGCCACUGCUGAUGCUGCAGCGGAGCAGCAACAACAGCAGGUGGAGGCAGCAGCAGGAGGGAGUGGCAGCGGGAGAGGCGGGAGAGGCAUCAACGUGGGGAUACGGCGGCGAUCAGCCAAGAGCAAGGCGCAUGGAGGUGGAAAGGGAGGUGCUGGUGGUGCCAAUGGUGGUGCCAAUGGUGGUGCCAAUGGUGGUGCUGAUGGUGAUGAGAGUUGCUUGGAAGCGAAAGGAGGAGGCGGUGCGAAGCAGGGGCAGCGGGGGAAAGGCAGGAAGGGAAAGGCGAAGGCUGCUGCGGACGAGCAGCAGAGGAACGAGGGAACAGAAGGGGACGAUUCAAAGGAGCAGGCAGAGGAGGCGGUGGAGGGAGGUGGUAAACGCUCGGCGGCAGGAAAAUCGGGCCGGAAAGGAGGAGGCUCAGCUGCUGACGCUCGCAGCAGGGACGCUCGUGCUGCCGCUGCUGCUGCUGCGGUUGCCGCUGUUGCUGCUGCUGCUAAGAAUAAGAAUGGUGGCGGCAGUGCGACCACAAGCGGGGACCACGAUUAUCACUGCGACGACGACGACGAGGUGGGGAACGGCGAGGAGGAGAACGAUGGAAAGGAGGAGAACGAGGAGAAUGAGGAGGAGGACGAAGACGCGUUGGGGCGCAUGACCCAGGAGCAGAUCGAGGCUCUGGAGGUGCGCUUUCAGCAGAACCGGCGGCUGGAUACAGCAAGGAAGCUGGUGCUAGCGGGGGAGAUCGGCGUGCGGCCGCGGCAGGUGUCUGUAUGGUUUCAAAACCGGCGCGCGCGGUGGCGGCAGAAGAAGAAGGAGAGUGAUUUGAGUGCGAUGCAGAGGGAGUAUGCGCGGUUGAAGGUGGCGCGGGAGCAGCUGGGGGAGGACUAUGAGCUGCUGAAGAAGGACUAUGAGGACCUGCUGCUGCAUAAUGCUGCGCUGCAUGAUAAGGUGGACGAUCUGAUGGCGCACCUAGUGCAGCAUGGCAUGCUAUCCGCCUCCACCUCCUCCUGCCUGCGAGACGCUCUCCUCACAGCCGGCCCCCUCUCUCCCGCCAACACCACCACCAGCCCCCUACCUCUCCCCAGCGACGCCGCCACCACCCUGCCUGCCGCCGAGCCUAGCGCGCAGGCCUGGGCGGCCGCCGCAGCUGCUGGCUCGGCAGCCGCCUUGGGGGUGGGUGGUAGGGGCGCCCCGUCCCCCUCUGCUGCUGCUUCUGCUGUGGCGUAUGGUGCCGGUGGCGGCAUGUGGGGAAUGGGAGGGGUAGGAGGAGGAGCAGACGGAGAAGAAGGAGGGAUAGGAGGAGGAGUGGGAGGAGAGGAGUGGGUAAGCUCCGGAGAACUCGACCCAGACCUUUUCAACCCCUGCCCGCCCACCAGCCCCGGCAGCAGCAACCACCACCUAGCCUACCCGUGCAGAUGUAGUCCUACGAGUGGUGCUGCUGGUGGGUCGGCUGCUGGUGGUGGUGGGUAUGGGUCAGCACUGGGUGGGUACCCUACAACAACGUCUCUCUCGUCGUCUCCUGCGUUCAGUGUUGCUGCUGCUGCUGGGUGGUGUAGCGAGUCGUAUGGGGAUCACAGCAGGGAGCGUGGCGAUCGAGUGAACCUGCUUUCGGCACCCCACAGGCUCGUUUCCGAGGCAAUCCUAGGAUCCAGUCUCGGGAAGGCGGAAGAGGAGGAGGAGGAGGCGGAGGAGGAGGAGGAGGAGGAGGAGGAGGAGGAGGAGGAGGAGGAGGAGGAGGAGGAGGAGGAGGAGGAGGAGGAGGAGGAGGCGGAGGAGGAGGAGGAGGAGGAGGAGGAGGAGGAGGAGGAGGAGGAGGAGGAGGAGGAGGAGGAGGAGGAGGAGGAGGAGGAGGAGGAGGAGAAGAAGAAGGAUCUACUCCCAUUCCCAACUAUUUCUUCCCGGCCUCCUCCAGCUGCAGGAUUGGGCGGCGCAUGUGAGCCGUACACGCUGCAAGAAGAGGAAGACAUGGUUCCAACACAGCGCAUGAGCCCUCCGUACCAGCGUCGCCAGCAGCACCAGCAGCACCAGCAGUGCCAGCAGCAGCAGCAGCAAAUCGUGCAGCACCGCAAUGAGCAGCAGGUGUACGAGCAGCAACAGGAGCUGGUGAGUCUGUUCGGGGAGAAGCACGAGGAGGGAGAAGAGCAGCUAGUGCAGGCGGGGCAAGGCGCUGGGUGCGUGCAAAGGCGAGUGCAUGAGGAGCAGUGGGCGCGGGGACAAGCGCAGAGGGAGCAGGAGGAGCAGGAGGAGCAGGAGCAGGAGGAGCGGCAGCUGAUGCAGGAAUGGAGUCAGUGGCAGGAGAGGCACGGGGCGGAGGGGGAGGAGGAGACGCAGUACUGGGAUGGGGUGCAUGCUCGUGGCAUUCAUGCACACACUGGCAACAUCGAUGGUACAGAGGCUGCUGGAAGGAUGAGCAAUUAUCAUGUGCAGAUUCGGCAGCAGCAGCAGCAGCAGCAGCAGCAGCAUGAGCAGCAGCGGCAGCAGCACGAGAAGCAACGGCAGCAGCAGGUGUUUGCACCUCUGGUUGCCAGCCUGGACAUGGGGGGCAUCUGGACUUAA